CCUACACCAUCCAAUUCACAACACCUCACCCCCAAACCCAAGAAUAAUUAGACAUACUAUACAUCAAAAAUGAGCUACACAAUCACCACCCCCCCAUCCAAUCUCCUCCCCCCCACCAGCGCCGCCAUGAUCUCCUUCCUGGAGAACUUCUACCGCAUCAGCGACACCGAAUCCUUGCACAACGAAUACGUGACGAAUUUCACCGAAGAUGCGACGCUCAUUAUGGGCUCGAAGGUUGCGAAGGGGUUGGAUGAAAUCCUCACCCUCCGCCACGGCCUCUGGACCCACGUCGCACGCCGCAAACACACACCCGAGCGGGUAUAUUUCGGCGCGGAGCGAGAACUCAUGCUGUAUGGGACGGUGAAGUAUGUGCUGAGGAAGGAUGUGGAGGCUGGAAAGCCUGAUGAGGAGAUUGAGGUGCCUUGGGCGGGGAGGGUCGUGUUUGAUGAGAAGGUCGAGAAAAUGCGGUUUUAUCAGGUUUAUUUGGAUCCGACGGCGCAGGGUGGGAAGAAAUAGGUACUUAGUUGGGAGUGAGGAGUAGUUUGUGGGGUUGAUAUGUUGGUGUGAUAAUUGGUACGUAGUAUGAGGGUGAGGUUGGGGUGUUGGAUAGACAGACGUAUUGCAUAGUAGAGUAGGUGGAUGGGCAUUGAUUGCAUGGUGAUGAUGAUGAUGAUGAU